GUUAGAUUAGAUAGCUCUAAAAUGGAUUUAUAAUCACUAGUUUUCAUAGCUUUGCCAUUCUAACAGAAAAUAUUGUAUUUACGUGCCAAUCCACUGGAAUUUAAAAGAUCAAAAAUAGAAUUUAAAAAAUGGUUCGCAAAGUAGCUGUCAUUGGUGGAGGAGUUAUUGGAAUAACGACAGCAGUUGUGAUCGCCGAGCAUUUGGAUAAUGUGCAGGUGACAGUUAUUUCAGACAAGUGGUCCCCUGAUACUACAGGAGAUGGAUCAGCAGGAUACUGGGCUCCCUAUCUGCUAGGAGAUCUACCUCCAGAUACUCUCAGGGAAUGGUGCAAGAAAUCCAGUGAAAUCUUUCAGGAAAUCUUCCAGUCAGCCAAGGCUGUAGAGUACGGAGUCGGUUUGCUGCCAGUCUAUUGUAUCUUUUCCUAUGCUCCAACCGAUGAUUCUGUUUUCAAUGAUUUAUAUUUGGAUUAUAGGCCCAUGACAAAGAAAGAACUUUCUGUCUUCCCUAGUAAAUAUUGCUAUGGUAUAUCAAUAACUAGCUUCUUCGCCGAAUGUACCAAACUUCUUCCUGCCUUGAUGAAAAGAAUAGAAAAGAGAGAUGGAAGAUUUAUUGAAAAGAAGAUUUACAGUUUUUCAGAGUUGGCUGGAAAGUAUGAUGUCGUUAUAAAUUGCACAGGAAUUGGUGCUAGAAACUUGGUGCCGGAUCCAGAAGUCACACCAAUUCGAGGACAAGUAAUUAAGGUCCGUGCACCUUGGAUGAAGCAUUGCGUAAUAAUUGAUGAUGACUACUAUGUUAUUCCUAACUCGGAAGAGGUCGUUUUAGGAGGCACUGCGCAAGAAGGUAAUUGGAAUUUGGAGGUCGAUCCCGAAGAUCAUCGCAAAAUUUGGGAAAACUGCACUGAAGCUCUACCUUGCUUGAAGGAUGCAAAGAUUCUCAGAGACUGGGUCGGUUUGAGGCCUUACAGAUCUACUCCUCGAGUAGAGCGAGAGUCAAUAAAGACGAAGAAGGGGAACAUAGAUGUUAUUCAUAACUAUGGCCAUGGUGGCUCUGGAGUCACUGUAUCCUGGGGUUGUGCUUUUGAAGUCUUAGGACUUCUGCGUGAAGCGCUGGAAGAUCCAUACUCCUCAGGUUUUCGAUCCAAAAUGUAAAUUAUAACAGGAGUCAUUGUUGCUCCAAAAUAUUUAUUCAUUUUCGAAUGAUUGUUGACAAUUGAUUCUGUGAUUACAUUUUUAUGAAAUAAAUGUUUAUAA